UUUCCCGUCGCUGCAGGUCCCCGUUAGGACCUCGCAAAAAGUACACUCUUUCUUCAGAUCUUCUCAACAACCACCUUUCCCUUAGCUCCAACUGUGUAAUAACUCCUCGACAUGCCGGCCACCUCGACUCACGUUAAUGGACAUUUGGGCUCGCAUACCCUGGAGCAAUCGCCACCGCAGACACCAUCUUCACCGGGAAUACACUCGGCAGGUUGGAGAUCACUCCUUCGACUGGGCAAUCAGUCCAGCAAGAGGCUCGUCAGCGGCUCCACGCUCACGCUCGAUACCAACACGCUGGCAUCCGAGGCUACGUCCGCAACUCUCGCUCCUUUAUCUCCUAAUCCUGCUGUGCCGUCAGACCACUCGUCAUAUCACUCGUCGUUAUCAACAGACUCGAACAGCAGGCCGUCCAAGAACUCCUCACUGCGCACGCCAAGCACGCCGUCGUAUGUCUCACAGACCGUAGGCGAAGGAGAUGAGACGAUUAAAGGCAGCGGAAGAGCUCGGCCGCAGCCCAAGGCGAAGUCGAAUGGCAAUACAAAAGCGCCUCUGACUGCGAGUCCGUCGCAAAUGUCAUUUGCACCCCCCACGCCCUCUCGCUCGGGUCCUCUAUCGCCCAAGGCCUUUGGUGCCAACGCGACACGCUUCAUCCGCCGCGUGGCCUCUGCACCCAACGCCAAAGGCCUUUUCAGCCUCGGCUCGCGCUCAGGGUCGGGCGCGACCACGAAGAACGGCCUUCUCGCGCCUAGCGACAUGAUGCCGUCGCAACCGGAGCACGAGGGCAGCUCGCUCGAGACGAUCUCGUCCACCUCCUCGCGCGGACGCCCUACGCGGACUGCGCGGGCGAACAGCAGCAACGCGGUGCCCAAGACCAAGGAUCGCAUCACGAAUGCGAACGGCGACGGCCCAGGGAAAAUUACCUUCCGGCGGACGUACUCCAGCCAUUCGAUCAAGGUGCGGCAGGUGGAGGUCGGGCCCGGCAGCUUCCAAAAGAUCAAGAUGCUCGGCAGAGGCGACGUCGGCAAGGUGUACCUGGUGCGAGAGAAGAAGAGCGGAAAACUUUUUGCGAUGAAAGUGCUUUCCAAGAAGGAGAUGAUUGAGCGCAAGAAGAUUAAGCGUGCGCUCACAGAACAAGAGAUCCUCGCCACGGCCAACCAUCCGUUCAUCGUGACCCUGUACCACUCCUUCCAGUCAGAGCAGUAUCUGUACUUCUGCAUGGAGUACUGCAUGGGUGGCGAGUUCUUCCGCGCACUGCAAUCUCGGCCUGGCAAGUGCCUGUCUGAGGAUGGCUCACGGUUUUACGCCGCUGAGGUUACUGCCGCGCUCGAAUACCUGCACCUAAUGGGCUUUAUCUACCGGGACCUCAAGCCGGAAAACAUUCUUUUGCACCAGUCUGGACACAUCAUGUUGUCGGAUUUCGACCUGGCAAAGCGGUCGGGCGUCUCCGGCGGUCGGCCAGCGACCAUCCACCAGGAAGAGAACGGCAUACCAUUAAUCGAUACGCGGUCUUGUACUGCCGACUUCCGUACUAACUCCUUCGUCGGAACAGAAGAGUACAUCGCUCCUGAGGUCAUUCAGACCGCCGGCCAUACGUCAGCGGUAGAUUGGUGGACCCUCGGCAUCCUCAUCUACGAGAUGAUCUACGCGACUACUCCGUUCAAGGGCGCAGAACGCAACGACACCUUCCACAGUAUCAUGCACGUCCCAGUCUCUUUCCGGGACACUCCCAAAGUAUCGGCGUCCUGCAAGGACAUCAUCUCGCGUCUUCUGGACAAGCGAGAAACAACACGCUUAGGUAGCAAGAGCGGCGCCUCGGAGGUGAAGCAGCACAAGUGGUUCUCGAAGAUUAACUGGGGUCUCCUCCGCAACACGCAGCCGCCGAUCGUGCCGACGGCCUCGAAUGGUGUAGAUGCCGUUAAUUUCCGGCAAAUUCGCGAGUCGGACUCGCUGCACCUUGAGCGGCAGCACACCCACAUCCCGGGCUCGCCGAAUAUCAAAGGCGUCGCGGGUGCAGGCGGCGUACCGGGCACACCGGGCCUCGACGACGGCAUAGAGCCCCCUCCACCCGAGGUCGACCUCUUCGGCGCGUUCAACAGCAUCACACUACACUAUGACGGCGAGGACGAGUGCUGAGUGACUCGCCUGCGCGACGCCAGACGCGCCAUUUUCGUUCUGGACUGUGGUAGUUCUUCUCAUGGGAUCUCGUUCGCAUCUUUUGAUCUCUCUUAGUCCUCUCAUCCUUUACAAUCUCGCUCGUGUCCGCUGCUCUUUUCUCUCUCUCAUUCUCUCUCAUUCUCUCAUUCUCUCACCUCCGCUUUCCUCGGGAUGACAAUUUGCGUGUGUUAUAUAUGCUUCUCCGUUGCUCGCUCAUCAAUGCUUGUUUAUUCCCAGCCCCGCGCGUCGUACUUCACCCCUCCCUCACGGGCCUGGGCAGGCGGCUCCAGGGGGCUGGUGCUCGUUCAUACCACUCAACUCUCCUUUCUUAGUGACACUGUACCAUCACAUCCUGCAUUCUUUUUUCCCUAGUUACUGCGCUGGCGUUGCAAUCUCCACAAUCGCUUUUCGGUCGUCAUCUUUCAUCACUAUACCUAUUACGCUACUCAUCACAAACCAUUAAAUGGAUUUCUGCAAGUUGCACAUAGAGGUUC